AUGGAAGGACACAGGAGAGAUCAAUAUCCGCACGGAGGUCGCGCUCCACAGGCUGGAGGACUUGGAACCAGGCGUCCUCUAGGUACCGUACCUCCGAGUCACCAACAGUGGUAUAGUGGCACCGUUGCGCAGGUUGCAGAUGAAAGCAACAUGCGGCCUUCCAAUACAUUAGCCCCAUUUCAUCUCAAUCCGCAGAGAGGCGCCGGUCGACAGGGUGGAGACCAAGGGAACAGGCCUCCUUCGGAUACGAUAACUCCGAGUCACCAACAGUGGUAUAGUGGCACCAGUACGCAUCCUGCAGAUGAAAGCAACAUGCGGCCUUCCAAUACAUUAGCCCCAUUUCAUCUCAAUCCGCAGAGAGGCGCCGGUCGACAGGGUGGAGACCAAGGAAGCAGGCCUCCUUCGAAUGUCACACCUUCGACUCACCAACACUGGAACAGAGGUGGCGUUUCACAGGUCGGAGAGCAAGUCAAUGUGCGAUCGUCUGGUACACUACCCUCGAUCCGUGAAUAUCUACAUGGAGAUAUCGCCCCACGGCGGGGAGAUCAAGGACAAAGGCAAUCUUCUGGGCCUUCAGGCGGGAAUGUUCCCGCACGAAACCGCAACAACAGUAGCUCACUGGGUCGAAAGCCGACCGCAGAGCUUUUAGCCCUCAACGACCGCUGGAAAGCGUUGCUUGAGGACCAGAGAAACGCUCGGCGGUCGAUCCUGACAGGAGUCAGGGAAGUCGCUGACGAGCUUAGCCUCAGGGGAGAGGCUUGGGAUAGGAUGUCGACAUCGAUCGACGAUAUCGGACGAGGUUAUGAGAACAUGGAUCGAGACGUCCUCGAUCUCAUGACGAGAGGGGUCAGGCCCACAUUUGUCCAUUCAAGGAGUAGCGCUGGGAAUCUCCCAAGCGCUGUUCAUCCCACAAGCAUCGGGCGAGGCCACGGUGCUCCAAAUCCAGGGAACAGCAACGGGUCUCCUCCGUUGGCGGAUGACGGUACAGUUAUGCCUGUACUUACACGCUGCUGCGGCAAAGUUGUCGCAGCACCUGACAUAUGGCUAAUUCGGGUCCCUCGUACGAGCAAUCGGGACAAGAGCGGUUACCACCUUCGUUGCAUCAAUUGCAAUGAAGCUUUCCGCGACCAUCGUGCCAUCUACACACACUUUCCUGGCUGUGUGGACGAGAACGGGAACUUGACUGGUGCUUACUGGUUUGAUCACGAGAGCAUCGACGUCGAUAAGAUUCCGGAAAGCCUUAUGCAAAAGAGACCAUGA